AUGGAAUUCUUUGCCACGUUUCCGUUGACGGGGGCAAAACGAAAGACCACGAUUCUCACGAACGAACCUCAAAAGAAACCGAAAGUCGCAUGUUCUGCCACGACCUCUGAGAUUGAUGAUGGCAACGAGAACGAGGGAGACGAUGAAGCUGAAUACUAUGAAGAAGGCGAAGAUGAAGGCGAAGAUGAAGAUAAAGACGGACAAGACGGCAAUGAAGACGAGAACAAGCAUAACGAGGACAAGAACGAAGAACAAAAUGGGAAAGCCAAAGAGCAUCUGGCCAACCAACAAGUUUGUGCUCAUGACUUCCAUCGCGUAAAGCUCCACGACUUGCAAAUCAGAUCGCUCAGAGACUGCUGUGCUCGUACUCAAGAGUCUUGCCGCGUUGAGCAGCAGGCCAGGAUGGACUUGCAGCUAACGGUCGAGAAACUCAUGCAGAGAGUUGAGAACCUUGAAGAAACCAUCCGCAAGCAGGGGGAGAAUAACAAACGAAACAACGAGACCAUCAACAAAUGCAAUAGGAGGCUUGAUGACCUAUGGAAUAGGAUGAAACUCGUUAAAAAAAUCUUGGAAAUGGUCAACGGCAAGCUCACGUCACUUGUUUGA